AUGCUCCAUUCCUCUAAUGUCCUCUUACUAACGCUCCUUCCUCGGGGCACUUUCCUCAAGCUCCUUCCUCAAGCUCCUUCCUCAAGCUCCUUCCUCAAGCUCCUUCCUCAAGCUCCUUCCUCAAGCUCCUUCCUCAAGCUCCUUCCUCAAGCUCCUUCCUCAAGCUCCUUCCUCAAGCUCCUUCCUCAAGCUCCUUCCUCAAGCUCCUUCCUCAAGCUCCUUCCUCAAGCUCCUUCCUCAAGCUCCUUCCUCAAGCUCCUUCCUCAAGCUCCUUCCUCAAGCUCCUUCCUCAAGCUCCUUCCUCAAGCUCCUUCCUCAAGCUCCUUCCUCAAGCUCCUUCCUCAAGCUCCUUCCUCAAGCUCCUUCCUCAAGCUCCUUCCUCAAGCUCCUUCCUCAAGCUCCUUCCUCAAGCUCCUUCCUCAAGCUCCUUCCUCAAGCUCCUUCCUCAAGCUCCUUCCUCAAGCUCCUUCCUCAAGCUCCUUCCUCAAGCUCCUUCCUCAAGCUCCUUCCUCAAGCUCCUUCCUCAAGCUCCUUCCUCAAGCUCCUUCCUUCCCAGAUGCUCUAACACUAAAGAAGUUAGCAUAG